ACAAAUAUGGCUGACUAAAGCAAAUUUUUUUGUUUUGGACAUGAAAUUUUAAUUUAUUUUGCGUUAUGAGAGGUUUAUUUCUUUCUGACUUUCACAGAAAUUAUAGAACACUGAAAGUGCUCGUAAUGACAUUGCGAGAGUAGUGAUUAAUCCUGAAGUUCUCGGAGUUUGACAGUUGCACAAACUUUACAACUCCUGAAGCUUUUUCUUCUGAUUGAAGAUGUUUAAAGAUAAGUAUCAGGGUGGACCUUACUUUGAGGUGUUCUCACCACAACAGAAAGACACAACAUCACAAUGGAAAAUGACUGGACAAAUAUCAAAGAAUUACGACAAGGAGAUCAAAAGUUUUUCGUACAGCUUGGAAGGUUCAACUGCAACAACAAAGAUACAGAUUCCUAAAGAUCCUAGAAUGUCAAUGCAUCUAGUACAGCGCUAUUUGAUUGUACAAGUUGCUUUAAAGAAGGGAGCAGACUUCAGUAUGGAGCUUGGAGUUUCAGAUAUGAAGAAUGGUAAGAGAAGGUUGAUGCUGUCCACUGCCCAGAAAGAUAUACAUAUAACACCUUUACAUGCUAAAGUUCCACUCAAAAUUGUCAAAGUAGGAAUGUGGCUGAACCUGUGUUUGGACCUGGUGUCUAUGGUAGGUGAAACAUGGAGAGGUGAGACAUACAAGCUGUUGGACAGUAUUACAAUAUCUGCUAACUGCCGGCUCAGGAGAAUCUUCACAAUGAAAUGUCAGCCGCCAGACACUGUUGGAGAUGAUGAAUUGUAUGGCUGUUCACCCAGUAAUGCAGGAGAAUUAGAUCAGAUACCCAAACAGUGUCAGUUUGCUACAGAAGUCAAUCAUCUGACACAGUUGCUGACAAUAGAUAAGAUAAAGCAUGCAGAACGAUUGCGAGGUGGAGGAGAUAUGAGGGGAUCAGUAAACAGUAAUCUAGAUCUAGAUUUGAGUUCUAGUGGCAGAAGAUCUUCAGCACAGUCAGGUGAUGCUUUCCACAUAGCUUUUGGAUCAAAAAUAGCUGGAGUGAGAACCUCCCAGAGCUCUGCAAAGAAAACGGCGAGAGAUUUACGGAGUUCUCGACUACUGAGGAGAAGUACAAUAGGAAAGUGUUCUCAGUUAUCUGACACAGUCAGGUCAAGAUACAGCAUAACUGGUGGUAACCUCACAAACAGAAGUAUCAGAAGCAAUUCCAGAGCAGAAGAUGGUGUAGCCAGCUCUGGCUAUCAAGAUAUGUCAGUGAGCAGAGACAGUCUGUAUACAGGGCGAGAUCCUGGGGGAGGGACCAGGGAGAUGGGAUCUGGGGCAGGUGCUAGUGGAACAUCAAGGAAAGAUGGUCACCAGCUGGUCCCUAACCCUCCUGGGAAACCAGCUUCUGUACGUUUAGGGCACCAGAGACAGUAUUCAGAUCCUUCCACUGUGUUAGACAAGGAACCAGCCACAAAAAAUACACAUGGAGAGGUAUCAAUAGUACAACCACAUCCACCUCGUGAACCCUCACAUGAAAGAGUUAGAAGACGGCCUGCACGCUUCAAAAGUAACAGUGCUGGGAAAGACAGAAUAUCUAGUGCUAGUUCACAGAAAGAUGAAGGUAUAGGAACCAGUGCUUCAUCAGUGUCCUCAAAUCAACACAGUCCGUACAAUGAAAGUCGACGUAUGAGGGUUGUUUCAGAUGGUGAUCUUCUAGAUGUCAGUGGUAGCAGUACUGAUUCUGGUCCACGUCAAAAGUCUGCUGAACAUGUUAGACGACCCCCAGUUGAUGUUAACAGGAAAAAUAAACCUCCAAAAAGAAAAGAAUAUCGCCCUUCUAACUAUCAACCAGAUGGUGCGGAGAUGGAAGAGUCAGUGUCAGAUGUGAUUGAAUUAUUGCGCAAUAAUAUGCAACAAGCUAUGCAUGAUACAGCAAGUUCUGGUGACGAAAUAGAAGAUGAUCCUUGUGAUGAAAAUGAAGGGGAAGAGGACAAAGACAAUAUGUAUUUAUUUGUAUCGCAACCAAAACCCGCUCCUCGACAGAAAAAUGCCUCGCCUUCACAGUAUCUCCUGGAAAAUGAUGACAAAAAGGUUAAAAAGACACCACCCAAAGGGAGGAAGAAAGAGGGCUCUAAAUCAAGAGGACCAAGGCCAGAGGAGGAUUUCAUCAAUGAUGACUCGUCAAAUAGUGAUGAUGAUAAACUUAGAGGCCUUAAUAGGCAAGGUUCAAGGCCUAAUAGUGGUAGUAGACCCAACAGUGGAACCAGGCCUGGCAGUGGAACCAGGCCUGGCAGUGGAACUAGGCCUAAUAGCGGAACUAGGCCUGGUUCUGGUAGCAGGCCAAAUAGUGGUAGUAGGCCUAGUAACAGUUUAAGGCCCACAAGUGCUAGUCGGUCCCAUUCUCGGACAAAUUCAAAUUCAGGAGUUGGAUCUAGGACAGUUAAUCAUAUACCUCCGUCAAGUUAUACUGGAAUACAUAAUGACACUGACAGUAAACAUAGUGGUGCUCUAUACAAUGGUGAUAUAGGUAAUACUGACAGUGUAAGAAUUGAAAAUGGAAUAGCUAUCCCUAAAUUGAGUGGCCUGCCAAAUGGUACCGACAAUGGGGAUCAGUUUGCACCAGCUACUGGGGGAAGUCCUACAUUUACUAAGGGUAUUACAGACAGAAGUUUUGUUUCAAGGAUGAGUAAGACAAAAUUAAAAGAGAUUCCAAUGACAGAUGCAAGAAUAUCACAUACACAUGCUGAAGAUAAAGCAUAUGAUUUUUCAAAGUAUGCAUAUCAAGAUCUCACGGCAUCUGAUGAAGAAGCCAUGCUGGCAGCUAUCCAAGGUGCCAGGAGUGCUGAGUUUGAACCAGAAAAUUUCAUUGAUUCUAAUAAAAACAACCAACAGGUUGUAAAACCUUCAACUAGAACAGAGCCACAGGGUGCAGGGUUCAUGCCAGAACAUGCAGCACCGAAGGUUGAGCUGAAGGUUACGAAAGUUGCAGCGCAGCCUGGACGUGCCAGCAGAGAAACGAACAAUGAUUCUCCAACAUUCUUCAGUGAAGAGGAUGACACCAGCCUAAGCACUUGGAAACCACCACCACAGAAACCACAUGACUACAGACCUGAAAUGCAGAUAAGAUUGAGUUCAGAUACAUUUACAGAUCCAAGGGAAUGGAGUGGUGUGUGCAGUCCCCCAGUGUUGCAUGGAAUGCCUGUAUCUAAUUCCCUGGAUGAUAUCUCCACAUUUAGCAAUAACUCACCUAGAAAACCUUUCUCUGGAAUAGGAGAAUCUCCCAAGACAACUGAUGAUGAAGAAGAGUUGGACCUCCUUUAUGACUCGCAGCUCAACUGCUACUAUGAUCCUAAAUCAUGCACAUAUUACGAGUUAAGUUAGAUCUACUUUAUGACUCGCAACUCAGCUGUUACUAUCACCUAAAAUCAUGCACGUAUUACGAGCUAAGUUAGUUACAUCUAUUGUAUGACUCACAACUCAGCUGUUCCUAUGGUCUAAAAUCAUGCUCAGGUGAAUCUUCAGGUCAUGUCAUAAGUAAAUUGAUUCUGUGAAUCUAAAAUGUGCAAAUAUUUUGUUCUUUGAGGUAAACCAAUAUAUUAGCUCAAGCUACAACUUACUAGAAAAAAUUGCCACUUUUUAACCUUUACGCUGCUUAAUUUCUAAAAUGGACUGGUCCAUCAUUCAGUUUAGGCAUUACCACUUAUUAAUCAAAGGGGUGUUCACUGUAUAUUUACUGACUUGAAUAUCGAACAGUGAAGACCAUGAUCAGACUGCAGGGAUGUGCAGGCUGAUCUUGGUCUACACUGGUCUCAAAAACAGAAUCACUUGCCGCCAGCAGGCAAAGGUUAAGUAGGUCUCUUGUUGGAAUAAGUUGUAAAGACUGCAUAAUGAACAAAAUACUGCAUCGUUCCAAACCUUCCAAGCAGGAAUAAAAUGGCAUAAGCAAUGUUUGUUUGCCAGGUAGGCUUGCCUGAUAGAGCUACACAGAUAACUAUUUUUGCAAAUCUCAACCUUUUUAUGUACAUUAGUAUUUGGAUAGAUAAGAGGAUUGCUUAAAAAUUAUGUUGACUUUGCACUCCUUAAUUUGAUUUAGCAGUAAUUCUAUACCAAAUCGGAAAUUGCACAGAAUGUUUCUUUCAUGUAUUAUUUUUCCAAUGUUUUCAAGAAAAUUUUACCAUUAUUUUCCAGCUAUGUUUUCUUACACUGGACUCUUUCUGUCAAUUAAUUGGACAUACAUAUUUCUGCUUUAAUGUAUGUACUUGAAAAUUACUAGGCAAUACAACAAACCUUGCUUUUCAAGAAUAAAGUAAUUAUGAUAUCAGAAUAAUUUUAAAAUGCUGCAUGAAGUUACCGGUACAUUUUCAUUUAAAACGUGGUACUACACCCACAUAGACUUGAAUAACCUAUACUGGGUAACUUGCUUAAUUUCUAAAACGGACUGUUUCAUCAUUCAAUUUGGGCAAUACCUUUUUUAUUUGAAGGGGUGUUUACUAAAAAUUUAAUGACUGAAUAGCGAACAGUGCAGACCAUGAUCAGCCUGCCUGUCCAUUGGUCUAAAGUGAUCACAAGGGCAGAAUCACAUGCUGCCAUAAGCUAAAGGUUAACCCUUAUCAUACUGAACAUGAUUGUUGGAUUUAACGUCGCACCGAGACAUGAUAGGUCAUAUGGCGACUUUCCAGCUUUUAAUGGUGGAGGAAGACCCCAGGUGCCCCUCCGUGCAUUAUUUCAUCACGAGCAGGCACCUUGGUAGAACCACCCACCUUCUGUAAGCCAGCUGGAUGACUUCCUCACAUGAAGAAUUCAACGCCCCAAGUGAGGCUCGAAUGAACAUGAUUGAUUCUGCCUUUGCGACCAGUGCAGAUCAUGAUCAGCCUGCACAUCAGUGCAGUCUGAUCAUGAUCUUCACUGUUCGCCAUUCAGUCAGUAUCUUUUUGGUAUGCACCCCUUUUAACAGUUAAUGGUACUGUCCAGUCCAAAUUGAAAGAUGUAUCAGUCCAUUUUAGAAAUUUAGCAGUCUAAAGGUCGAAAUAUACCAAGUGCUAUAUCUUUGCAAGUAUUAUCUUUUACAUGGACUUACAUCUGAAGAGAAGAACAAGGAAAAUUCUAAUACUAAAUAUAUGGAAACAAGGCAUGAAAUGUUCAGCUCAAUAAUAGGAAUUAUUAGAUCUCAAGAGUGAGGUAAAAAAAAAACGUUUUCAGUAUUUCAUUAUUGUCAAAAAGUACUAAAAUUUUAAUCAAAUUGUUGGCAAAGUAGUAUUCAUAUAUACCUUGAAACAAAUUCUUCACUUGUCCCUGAUAUUGAAUUCUUUUUAAGAUUUUUUGGUUCUAGCAUAUUGUUGUAUUUGUAAAAGAAAUUGCAAAGUGACUUUGAUGUUUGCCUGGUUUUCAUGCCCAACCUAUUUAUGACCUAUAAUGCACUGCCAUUUUUACGAGUACAAACUUCCAAUUUUUGCACAUAAAUGAGAUGAAUAAUGUUUCAGAAAUUGAGUUUAAGUCAAAAGAUUUUCAGUAGUAAUAGUCUAGGUAAUUUUGGAUCAGCCCUACUUGUUAUUUUGUUAAGUAUUAUGCCAUAGAAAAUAUGCAGUCAUUGUUAGAAGUGUAAUAUACUGCUUUCAGCAAUAAAUACCCAAAUGUAUGCACUUGAGUAUGUAAUCGUCGUUUUGGAUGCAGUUGAAUGACGUAUAUGAAAAAUAGUUAGCCUUUAGCCUGCUUAGGGCAAGCAAUUCUGCCUUUGCGACCAGUGCAGACCAUGAUCAGACUGCCAUUCAGUAAGUAAAUUUUCAUUGAACACCCCUUAGAAUAAUAAAUAGUAAUGCCCAGAUUCAAUGACGGACCAGUCCAUUUUAGAAAUUUAGCAGACUAAAGGUUAAAGGGGCAUUGCACAUUUGUUCCAAAUUUUCAUCAGGAACCUGUUGAUUUCUUCAGUCUCUCAGUGUAUUGAAAACACAUUGAAUAAAAGAGAAGGUUUUGUAUUAUAUCACUUUCCUUUUGAACAAAUAAUGCCACAAAAUAAUAAUGAUUUUCUUUAUACUGUGAGCUUAGAGAAAAUGGUUACAUUUUAUAAAAUUUCCACAAUAACAAAAAUUCAAUUUAACCCUUAGCAUGCUAAAUUUUUAAAAUGAACUGGUCCAUCUUUCAAUUCGGAUAGUACCAUUAACUGUUAAAAGGGGUGCUUACCAAAAAAGAUGCUGACUGAAUGGCAAACAGUGCAGACCAUGAUCAGCACCAUGAUCAGCUGAUUAUGGGCUGCACUGGUCGCAUUGGCAGAAUAACUGGCCGCCAGCAGGCUAAGGGUUAAUCACGGUUAUGCAGGGUAAUGUAACAUUUAACAUAUACGUUUGGUAAGAAAUGUGCAGUAUCACCAAAUGAUGACCAGUUUGCCGUCAGGUAUACAUUUGUUGUUGACAUGAUUGUUUUCUUUCAUGCCAAUGAUUGCAUUAAGUUAUGUCUAUUUAUUUUUGUGUGUGAUCACAGAGUUUUGUUAUGUAUUUAAGUAUUCAGUUCAGUUGUAUUUUGAUGGAGAAAAUAUACCUAAUUAAUGAGUGUAAUGAUUUUAUUGAACACGAUUGUGUUUUACUUUAAUCCAUUAUUAUUUAUUAAAAAUACAUGAGUUAUGCAAAAAGUAGUUUAGAACAUUUAAAAAUCUCUUCACGUUGAGAUAAGCUUAAAAUUGUGAAUAAAUUUAGAAGACUUCAUUUUACCAUUACCCUGCUAAAUUUCUAAAAUGGACUGGUCCAUCAUUCAAUUUGGGCAGUACCACUUGUUUAUCAAAGGGGUGUUCACUGAAAAUUUACUGACUGAACAGCGACUAGUGCAGAUCAUGUCCGUGCAGGCUAAUCUUGGUCUGCACUGGUCGCAAAGGUAGAAUCACUUGCCGCCAGCAUUCUAAAGGUUAAUACCAAAACAUCAAAGAUUGUGUCCAUUGUUAUCUGGUAUGGUAAUAUAUCUUCUCAAUUGUGUUGAUUUUAACAGUAUUAGAAUUUGAACUAUUUAACCUUUAACCUACUGGCGGCAAGUGAUUUUGCUAGACCAAGAUCAGCCUGCAUGUCCACUAUUUUGCAUUCGCUAUUCAGUCUGUAAAUUUUCAGUGAACACCCCUUUGAAUAAUAAGUGGAACUGUCAAAAUUGAAUGAUGGACCAGCCCAUUUUAGAAAUUUAGCAGUUUGAAGGUUAAGAGGCAAUAUUGUUGAAUCAUGACUGAAACCUUGCUUUUUUGCAACUCAGACAUUAUCAAAAACAUUGGCAAAAUCGACUCCUAUCUAGCCAGUAAGUCACAAACAUCAGUUGAAAAUUCACAUUAUCAUGUACAUUUAACCAUGCUUUCUUGAAUAAAUCCAUAAACAUAGCCAAAAAUUUAUGACAAGCUUAUUAAUGCUUAAACAGUUUUUAUGACUUUUCUUGCUACACGUUUUUCAGUCAUGAUUCGUGUUAUAUAAGUACAUUUGGAGAAUGUAGGGCUUAAUGUAGUAAACCUGAAAUAUUCUGAAUCUACCCGUUCCAGACGACAUACAUGUAUAGAUGUUAUUUAAAGUUCUGUAAUAUAUUGAUACAUGAUUACUGAACGUUGUAGGUCUCACUUCAGUCGCUGCAUACAUGCAGAAUUUUGUUGCCUCAUUUUGACUUACAAAUGUAAAAUAUACCUGAAAUAUGGAUAGAUAGUUCGUUAAGUCGUGCUGUUUGUCUCACAAGGGCGUGUAAAGUGAACCCAGUGCCUUGAUACUCGAACCGAAAGUUUUUGAACUGAAAACAGAUGAUUUUAUACUAUAGUUUGAUCAUUAUUUCCAUCCCAGAUUUAAUACUUGUCUGUGACUACAGACACUUUCUGAUUUCAGAAUAAAAUCCUUAACAUACAUGUACUCGACCAAAAUGUUAUAUUUUAAGCAAUGUUUAUACAUGUGUAUGCACAAUUAAGGGGCCAUUUUACAUGUCAUCUGACGUGUAUUCUUCUGUGAUAUAAAAAUAAUAAGAAUUUUGCAAAAUGAAUUUCAAUGUACAUAGUAAUUUUUUUGUGUUUUUCACAUAUUCAUUGUUUUUUAUAUGAGCCGCGCCAUGAGAAAACCAACAUAGUGGCUUUGCGACCAGCAUGGAUCCAGACCAGCCUGCGCAUCUGCACAGUCUGGUCAGGAUCCAUGCAGUUUGCUUUCAAUGCCUAUAGCAAUUAGAGAAACCGUUAGCAAACAGCAUGGAUCCUGCGCAGACUGCGCGGAUGACUGCGCGGAUGCGCAAUCUGGUCAGGAUCCAUGCUGGUCGCAAAGCCACUAUGUUGGUUUUCUCUGGCGCGGCUCAAUUAUGUUAAAGACUGUUGAUGUAGUUCAUAAACACUUGUGAUUGAAGAUCAUUUGCUAUUCUAAUAAAAUGUAAGACUAUU